AUGCCAGCCGAAAGCUUGCUGCUCUCGGUGCCGAUAUUGCUCAGGGAGAUGGGUUUAGUGGCGACGAGAUGCUGUCAGCAUUUAGUGGCUCUUGGGGAGCAUUUGUCAACAUCAACUCUGAUGACAAGGUGUGUAUGGCUGAUGCUACCUCGACAAAACCAAGCUAUUAACGGGCGUAUUAAGAUCUUUACUACCGAGGGUGGGCCAACAGAGUUCGACAUGGGCAAGAUAAUCGUUGAUUCUGCUGUCCAGGCUGGUGUGAAGCAUCUCGUAUUCAGCUCCGGCCCUCCUUGCACAGAGAUGACGAAUGGCCGAGUGCGAAUGAAAGCAAUGGACAUGAAGAACAAGAUUGAGCAGUACGCAAGGUCCCUUGGGUCCUUCGAGACCUUCACUCCCAUUGGCGCCGGAUGGUUCCUAGAGAACUUCCUUGGCAAGGAGGUCGCUCCUGUUUUCGGAGGAUUUCCCUAUUUUCCUGACGACCAAGGAUACCUUACUUUCAGAGUCCCGUAUUGGGGAGGGGACGAGCACGUUCCAUGGUUGAGCAUCUCAGACGACUUCGGAGAUAUCGUGCAAGGUAUCUUCCUGGAUCCUGGUCGAUGGAACGGUCACUUCGUUCACGGUGUCAGCGACAUCCGCAGUUUUGAACAAGUUGUCGCGGAUUUCGCCGCGGUUACAGGAAACAAAGCGCGUUUUCAGCCCAUAUUACCGACGUGGGAGGCCUUUGAUACGCAUGGAAUCCAGGAGCUAGAGGACGUGAAACUCAUGUUUGGCUUCACCCAGCUGACAGGCGGCCGAUACUUCGGACCGGAAGACACGGAGGUCGAUACCGCCAGACAGCUAAAGCAAAUUACGGGAUUGAAGCUGGGUCGUCCUGAGGGCCAGCACAAAUUGACUUCUGCGCGUGACUGGUUUGCUGCAAGAUUUGCAAACUAG